UCGAUUACAAGGCAGAGCUGGAAAUCCCUCAGUCAAAACAGAAAACAGCAACGUGCUAGUAGUAUUUCGGAAACAAUGAAAACUCCAGAAAAAUAAGGAAAACAACAAAUGUCGUCUGUGUUCGAUUUGUGUUGGAGCGAACUGCUCCGUGAGGCAGUUACCUCGAUGUGCACCAUCGCCAUCAUAGCCAUUAUUUUCGGGAUGGCUUAUUUGUUCUUUAUGCAGACGCGAUUCAAGCUGGACACCGCCACCUUUGACGAGAAGGACUACAGCAUACAGUUGGAGCCGAUAAGUGGACUCCUUCUGACUAAAGAGCAGCUUGCAGAAUAUAAUUGCAACAAUGGGACUCUCAGAUAUCUGGUUGCAUUGCGGAACGUUAUCUACGAUGUGUCGAAUUUGUUUGAAGACUUUGGUCCGAAGGGAAAGUACGCCAAGUGGUCGGGCCAAGAGCUGACAGAAUUGAUCAAGGCUGAAGCGAUACUCAAAAAGAGGAAUUCCGGUGAGCUCAUCGUCAACGCAGAUCCCGAACAGGAAGCUGAAGAGGAUGACAUUUUCGAUCCCUUCGAGGGGUGCUGGGACCAUAAUUCCCAACUAUUAAUUUGAGCGCUUUCUCUCAAUCAAUCUCAAUUUCUCACAGGACCAUCAAAAUCCAGACCAAACUGACACUUAAUACAACCUAAAAUAUUGUAUAAACUU